GAAAGUAGAUUUCAGCACCGACCCUAGCUUGGUCAUCACAACACUGUAAGCUGCAAAGAACAAUGGGAAACUUCAUUAUUGUUAUACCAAUUAUAUGUUUCUGCUUUGUCUUUCCAAUCUCCAAAAUCAAAGCAGAAACUGAUACCAUCACUCACUUCCAGUCUCUAAGUAAGAACCAGACCUUAGUUUGCAAGAAUGGAGAAUUUGAACUUGGUUUCUUCGCUCUUGAUAACUCUACCAACCAUUAUUACCUUGGCAUUUGGUACAAAAAAAUCCCAGGCCAAACCAUUGUAUGGGUGGCAAAUCGUGAAAAACCCGCCACAAAUCCAAACUUUGUUCUAUUGAUUAUAAACAACACAACAAAUAACGCACUUCUCCUUAGUCACAACAACAAUGUUGUAUGGUCCGUGAGCGUAGCAAGAAAACCAACGAAUCCAGUUCUGCAGCUCUUGGAUUCAGGGAAUCUUGUUCUAAGAGAACAAAACAAUGAUGAUGAGAAUGAAGAAAAGAAUUAUGUAUGGCAAAGCUUUGAUUACCCUGGUGAUACACUCUUGCCAGGGAUGAAGCUUGGUAAGGAUUUGAGGACGGGUUUCGUUAGGCGCUUAACGGCGUGGAAGAACAAGAAAGAUCCUUCACCAGGAACCUUUAAUUGGGAAAUGGAUGUGACUAAGUGGCCAGAACCAAUGCAACGAAUAGGAUCAAUGAAACAGUUCAGCUCUGGACCAUGGAUUGGAGUGGACUAUGGUAGCAAACCAACGAGAAAGCACCCAUCGACCUUUGAAUAUGUUUACUUCUCCAACAAGGAUGAAGUGUACUUCUCAUUCUACCUCCUUAAUAACAACUCAGUUUCCACGAGGAUGGUGUUGGAUCAAGCCACCUACAGGCGUCUGUAUUUGGUUUGGAGUAAUUCUGACCAAGAAUGGCUGGUUUAUAAUUCACUGCCAAGAGUCUUUUGCGAGCGAUAUGGAGUUUGUGGUCCUAAUUCCAAUUGUGAUUGGGACAAGUCCGCUUGUGAUUGUUUGAGAGGGUUUAGGCCUAACCAUACAGGAGGUUGCUUGCGCGACAAGCCACUGAAUUGCGAAAGCGAUGGGUUUGUUAAGUAUGUGAAGAUGAAAGUUCCUGAUACUUCGAAUUGUUUGUACCUGAAUCAGAGCAUGAACCUUGUUGAGUGCAGAGACAAAUGCCUGAGGAAUUGUUCUUGCGUGGCUUAUGCAAAUUCGGAUAUCAGAGGAGAAGGCAGUGGUUGUGUUUUGUGGUUUGGUGAUCUUAAUGAUUUGAGGACUCUACCAGAUGCAGGCCAAGAUCUUUAUAUUAGAGUGCCAGCUUCAGAAUUAGAGACAAAGAAUGGACGCAAGAUCAAGAUAGGAAUUGCAGUGGGAGUCACAAUUGGCGUAUUAUGUGGCCUGGUCUUAGUUUUCUUUUUGGUCCGUAAAGGACGAACAAGGAGCAUUUUAAAAGAUCGUUCCAAGCAAGAACAAGAUGAAGAUCCAAAGGUCCUAUUGUAUGACCUAUCAGUUAUAGUUUCUUCCACUGAUAACUUUUCGCACAAAAACAAGCUUGGGGAAGGUGGAUUUGGAUCUGUAUUUAAGGGAACAUUAGAAAAUGGACAAAGAAUAGCAGUUAAGAGGCUCUCAAGCGGUUCUGGACAAGGGAUCAAGGAAUUUAAGAAUGAAAUUGCAUUAAUUGCCAAACUUCAGCACCGUAAUCUCGUCAAGCUGCAAGGAUAUUGCAUUCAGAAUGAAGAGAAAUUACUUAUAUAUGAAUAUAUGCCUAACAAAAGCUUGGAUUUUUUUAUAUUUGAUCAAACGAAAAAAAGGGUUUUGGAUUGGAAUACACGAUUUAAUAUCAUUCUCGGUAUAGCGAAAGGACUUCUUUAUCUUCAUCAAGAUUCAAGAUAUAGAGUUAUUCAUCGAGAUCUUAAGGCAAGUAAUGUUUUACUUGAUGAUGAGAUGAAUCCAAAGAUCUCAGAUUUUGGUUUAGCUCGAAUUUUAGGAGGAGACCAAACCACAGAAAUUACACGUUGUGUUGUUGGAACAUAUGGAUACAUAGCACCAGAAUAUGCGAUAGAUGGAAAUUUCUCAGUAAAAUCAGACGUUUUCAGUUUUGGUGUUUUAUUGCUGGAGAUAGUAUCAGGAAAGAAAAAUAGAGGAGACCAACAUCAAAACCAAAAUACAAAUCUUAUUGAACAAGCAUGGAAUUUGUGGAUUGAAGGGAGGCCUUUAGAUUUGAUAAGUGAAGACUUAAAAGAAUCUUGCAACGGCUCCGAAGCAUUGCGUUGCAUCCAUAUUAGUUUUCUGUGUCUUCAACAGCAUCCACAUGACAGGCCAAGCAUGUCGUUUGUGAUUAUGAUGUUAGAGAGUGAGAUUGGCUUGGCUCAACCAAAACAACCAGCUCUGUUUGUCGGAGAAUAUUCUUCGUUAAAUAAGAGUAAUUUAAUUUCUGGUAAUGAAUUAAGUAUGUCCAUUUUGGAAGCACGUUAAUUUAGAAAGCACUGCUUAAAAAUGUGUAACAUAUAUAAUACAUAUGUAGUAAUAAAAUUGAGCAAAUUAUUAAAGGUGAAAAUUCAGGUGCAGUCGACUUCACGUGAAGUUGAUAGCUAAGAACCGUUAGAUGAAAAUUUAGUCAAAUCAGUCAAAUCAUCUGACGGCUCUCAAUUAUUAACUUCAUGUGAAAUCGACUGCACUUGAGUUUCCACCUUCCAUGUUAGCUUGUGUAAGCUGUGUAAAAUGUGGUGAUGAUUACCUGUGUAGACUGUAUCAGUAAUAAGAGAAAGGAGUCUUUCAUAAUUAGUCUCCCGUAAGCUAGCUACAGUUUCAUUAUUGGGA